GGGACCAUGCAAAUGGUAGCCACAUGACUUCCAACGUCAGAAAACUUGAACCAAUUGACAGGAGAUAGAAUACGACAAUAUCAGAGAGAAAAAAAACUGCAUAUAUUGCACUCUAGUUCUUGUCGAUGAACAAAACACUCUCAAAUACAACACAAUCUCAUCAAUUAAGAAAGCAAAUGGAAGCAUCCAACGUUUUCUUCCUUGUUUACGUUCAAGUUAUAGUUCUUCUCUCAUGCUUCAACUCGCAUGGUUUUAAUUUGCUUGGCUUAGUAACAGCAAGCCCUGUACUUAGAGGAAAUGGCACUGAUCAACAUGCUUUACUCCAAUUCAAAACCAAGGUAACUGGUGAUCCACUCAAGAUUAUGGAGUCUUGGAAUAUUUCUGUUCACUUUUGUCAAUGGCAUGGUGUUACAUGUGGUCGCAAGCAUCAGAGAGUCAUUAAAUUGGACCUGCAAUUCCUGAAACUCUCGGGAUCUUUAUCACCAUACAUUGGCAAUUUGAGCUUUCUCAGGGGGUUAAAUCUUGCAGACAAUAGCUUCUACAGCCAGAUUCCUCAAGAAAUUGGUCGUUUAAGAAGGCUGGAAACAUUACAACUGACCAAUAACUCCAUCAGAGGUGAAAUUCCUUCUAAUUUAUCUGCUUGUUCUAAGCUUACACUGGUUGAUAUGAGAAGUAACCAGCUAGCAGGAGAAAUACCAGCUUCGCUAAGUCUCUUAUCAAACCUAAAAUCCUUGAAUUUUGCCAACAACAGUUUGAAAGGGAGUAUUCCACCUUUGUUUGGGAACUUGUCAUCUUUGGAGGAGCUUUCUUUGGCGAUUAAUGCAUUAAGUGGGACUAUACCAGAAGCUCUUGGACAACUGACAAAUCUUUCAUUUUUCUCGAUAUACGGAAAUGCAAUUUCUGGUAAUUUUCCUAUGUCAAUAUUCAAUCUCUCCAAAAUUAGAAGAUUUGAUAUUGGCGCAAACAAGAUUCAAGGCACUUUUCAUUCUGACUUAGGAAUCACUAUGCCAUCUAUUGAGUUCUUUUCUGUAGUGGGGAACCAAAUCUCAGGACAAAUCCCGAUUUCAAUGUCCAAUGCCUCAAAUCUGAACGUACUUUUAUUUAAUGAUAACAGACUAAGUGGAAAUGUGCCUUCGUUAGAGAAGUUGGAUAAGCUAGUUAAUCUUGGACUAGGCAAAAACCAUUUUGGGCAUGGGAAAGAAGGUGACUUGAAGUUUCUUUGCAGUUUAGUCAAUGCUACCAAAUUAAAAUUUCUAUAUAUAGGCACCAGUAAUUUUGGAGGGGAAUUACCUGAAUGCAUUAGCAAUUUUUCUACCACCCUUUUACAUUUAGUAAUUGAACAGAACAAAAUAAUGGGAAGAAUCCCGAAUGGGAUUGGAAAUCUCAUUAAUUUGGAGGUGCUAUCGGUAUUAGAAAAUCAACUAUCAGGUCCCAUUCCCUUUGAAAUUGGGAGGCUUCAGAAUCUGAAUAUAUUUUUUGCUUAUACUAAUUUUCUCUCUGGGACUAUUCCUAAUUCUAUUGGAAAUUUAACAAUGUUAAUCAAACUUGCUUUAGAUGAAAACAAUCUUCAAGGAAGCAUUCCUAUUAGUGUAGGUAAUUGCCAAAAUUUGCUUUUAUUGGACCUUUCUGAUAACAAUCUUAGUGGAUCAAUACCCCAUGAAGUACUUCGACUCCAAUCUUUGUCCAUUUGGCUUGACUUAUCUUCAAAUUAUUUGACCGGUGAGCUUCCUGGUGAAGUAGAAAAACUGAAAAAUCUAGACCGAUUCUAUUGUUCCCAAAAUAGGUUAUCUGGUUUGCUCCCUAGCAACCUUGGUAGUUGUGUAAGUCUAGAGACGUUGUCCUUGGAUGGCAAUUUAUUUGAAGGGCCCAUUCCUUCAUCUUGGAGUUCAUUGAGAGGUCUUGUGCAAUUAGAUCUGUCAGAUAAUAAUCUUUCAGGUGGGAUUCCAGAAUUUUUUGUGACCUUUGGGGCAUUAAAAUAUUUAAAUCUCUCUUUCAAUGAUUUUGAUGGAGUGAUACCAAGUGAAAGAGUCUUUAAAAAUGCCAGUGCUAUUUUUGUUGAGGGAAACCAUAAGCUUUGUGGAGGCAUCCCUGAGUUACACUUAUCAAGAUGCAACUCAAAAACAUCAUCAACCACUUCUGUGAAAUUAAAAAUUUCAAUCAUUGUUGUGAUGUUAGGAGUGGCUUUGGUUUUCACUUGUCUCCUUGUCUUGUGGUUUAGAAAGAAGAAACAGCAGCAUCCAAGAAAAAUAUGUGAAGAAAAUUGGCUUUUACAAUUAUCAUACCAAAGCAUCCUAAGGGCUACUAACGGAUUCUCCACACAAAAUUUGGUUGGUGCGGGAAGUUUUGGCUCCGUAUACAAAGGAAUUCUUGAGGGGAGUGGAGAAGUAAUUGCAGUAAAGGUGUUUCAUCUUCUGCAUAGUGGAGCUUCUAGGAGUUUUUUGGCUGAAUGCGAGGCUUUGAAGAACAUUCGACAUCGGAAUCUUGUCAAGGUUUUAUCAGCCAUUUCAGGUAUUGAUCAUAAAGGCAAUGAUUUUAAAGCCUUGGCUUAUGAGUUCAUGGAAAAUGGAAGCUUGGAGGACUGGUUGUAUCCCUCUACCAGCAUGAAUGAACCGAAGACGACAAGAAACCUGAACUUUUUCCAAAGAGUUAAUGUGGCCAUAGAUGUUGCUCAUGCACUCGAAUAUUUGCACCAUUAUUGCGGAACAUCGAUAAUUCAUUGUGACCUCAAGCCAAGCAAUAUUCUACUCGAUGAAGAAAUGGUUGGCCAUAUCAGUGACUUCGGCUUAGCAAAAAUCCUUUCUGGAGAUGAGCUUAACUAUUCUGCUAAUGAAUCGGGCUCCCUUGGAUUAAGAGGAACUAUCGGCUAUGCUCCACCUGAAUAUGGCAUGGGAAGCGAGUUGUCAACAAAUGGCGAUGUGUAUAGCUAUGGCAUCCUCUUGUUAGAGAUGUUAACAGGGAAAAGGCCAACGAAUGAAAGGUUCAAAGAAGGUUUAAGUCUUCACAACUUUGUCAAAGCAGCUUUGCCCAGUCGAGUGGUUGAGAUUAUAGAUCCCAUUCUUCUUCAAGAGAGUGUCAGAGGAGGAACAGUAGCUGACAUCACUCUUAAUGAAAACAACCUGGGAAAUGACGAAUAUCCUCAAUGCUUGAAUUCAAUAUUCAAAAUAGGACUCACUUGUUCUGCUGAAUCACCGAGUGACCGGAUGGACAUGAGUGAUGUUGUUACCAAGCUUUGUUCUAUUAGAGACAAGCUUCUCCGUCCAACUCGAUUGCGUCGUGGGAUUAAAACUGCAUAUGAUGCUAAACCAACAGUUGCAGGUAUCUAAGGUAUUGUAUGGAUGACUUGAGAUGCAUAGGUCUGGUAAAGUGCUCGCUAUUCUCUUUUGUUCACAUUUCCACUAAAGAAAUUAAAGAGAAUAGAUAUGGAGUUUUUCCAGUACUAGAUCAUCGUUAAAUCAGACUUAAGUAACAAUGUUGUAAUUCUAUUCUGGAUCUUAUUGUAUCAAUAAUGUUAUUGAAUAUGUCAAUCAAUGGCUAUUCAUGGGAAGUUUAUGCUGUUGAAAUUGGCAAGCUUGUUUUAUGAUCAUGGUUACAUCCUUGCUCUGUUUUUGCAUAACACAA